ACAAGAGAAAGAAACGGGGUGGAAGGGUUCCAAGGAGGAAAUUCUUACCCAAAACUUCCUCCCUGCUGUAACCACUCCCUCGUAUGCUGACAGUUCUUUGGAAAUGAGACUGCUGUCCAUCUCUGGGUGGAUUUUAAUGGUCUUUUAAGCAGGCAUGGCCUCCUCGGUGGACGACCCCGUGGAGAGGCUUCAGGAUGAGGUAUCUUGUUCCAUCUGCCUGGAGUAUCUGAGGGACCCAGUGACCAUCGACUGUGGCCACAAUUUCUGCCAGGCGUGCAUCUCAGACUAUUGCGAGCGAGGAGCUGGUUCCACAACCGGGGCAGCUCUCUGCCCGCAGUGCCGGGUGGGGUUUUUGCUAAGCAGCUCCCGCCCCAAUAAGCAGCUGGCCAAUAUUGUGGAGGGCAUUGAGCGGCUGGCUCGGAGGCCCAGCCAAAGACUUGCUGAGGCCUUGUGCGAGAAGCAUGGCAAAAAGCUGAGGCUUUUCUGCCAGGAUGAUGGGGAGUCUAUUUGCUUGGUGUGUGACAAAUCUCGGGAACAUCGGAUGCACUCAGUCCUGACCAUUGAGGAGGCAGCUCAUGAUUACAAGACGAAGCUCCAGGAAGCUGUGAACAUUCUCAGAAAAACACUGGCAGAAGCAACAAAGCUGGAAGUCCAAGAGAAGGAGAAAACAGACCAAUGGAAGAACAAAGUCAAGAAACACAGAGCACUCAUUGUAUCAGGGUUUGAAAAACGCCGCCAGGUAUUGGCCGAAGAGGAGAAGCUGCUUUUGAAGCAUCUUCAGGAGGAAGAGCUGGCAACACUGAAGAAGCUGGAGAGGAAUUCAGACUUCCUUCUUGAACAGUGUGCUGGACUGCAAAACCUCAUCGUAGAGAUGGAACAUAAAAUCCAAAAACCUGCGGCCAUUUUGCUCAAGGAUGUGAAAAGGACCUUAACCAGGACUGAAGGACUAUCCCUGAAAGAACCACAGCCUAUUUCGAUGGAAUUGCAAGACGCCUAUGAUGUUCCUGGCUUGAUGGAGUCAUUGCAAAGAUACAAUGCAUCGGUGACCUUUGAUCCGGAUACAGCUAAUCCUUACCUGCUCUUAUCCAAGGACCUCCUCAGCGUUCAAGUGGUGGAUCAAAGGCAAGAUCUGCCCAAGAGCUCGUCUCGCUUUGAAACAUGCACUUGUUUAAUGGGCCGUGAGCAAUUCACCUUUGGAAGACAUUACUGGGUGGUGUGCGUGGAAGGCAAGUCCAGCUGGACACUAGGAGUGUGCAAAGAAUCAGUGAGCCGCCAAGGUAUCUUCACCCCUUCGCCGGCAAAUGGGUUCUGGACAAUAUGGCUGAGGAAUGGGGAUGAGUAUGCAGCACUUACCUCUCCACUCACAGAACUAGUGCUCAGAGCAAAGCCAAAGCUGAUUGGUAUCUUCCUGGACUAUGACGCAGGAGAGGUUUCUUUCUAUAAUAGCGAUACCGGUUCCCACAUAUUUACCUUCUUGGAUUCCUUCUCUGAGACCCUUCGACCUUACUUCUAUCCUGGAAUCCGGGCUGGGGGUCUCAAUGAUGCUCCCCUCAUUAUCCAACCAGCCAAAGAUCAGUCAAGUCUUUCUCUUCUGGCCAUUGAGACCUUUUCACACCUCUAGGGCCAGUUCCACACAAAGCAUUUAAUCUGAAAUGGGACAACCAGGUGAUGCUAUUCCUUACUUAUGUCUAUGGAGAUUCUCAGUCAUCCAGGUCAUGGUUGUCCCAAAGGUGCUUUUUCAAGAGACAACUGGAUUUUUUUGGGUUUUUUUGAAGAUGUUUUGCUUCCCAUCCAAGAAGCUUCUUCAGAGCUGAAGAAGCUUCUUGGAUGAGAAAUGAAAUGUCUUCAAAGAAAAACCAAAAAAUCCAGUUGCCUCUUGAAAAAGCACCUUUGGGACAUUCUUUACUUAUGCUAUUCUCUUCUCUUUAACACAUUUUCACCCUCUGAGACAUCAUCAUUCCUGCAUCAGAAAAAUGUUCCCAAAUGGAUCUUUGGAUAUGGAAUAGACAUGGCUUAUUCCUGUAAUUUCAUGCGAUGUUGCCUUUCUACAAUUUUUCUAUCAUAAAGCCCCUUAUCUCUAAAUGAGUCCCCUCCUCUUUUUUUCAUCCAAAAGGGAAUCUGAAAAACAAUUCUUGGGGAUUGAGGAGGUGAUGGAGUAGGUACGGAGGACGUAUGUUAGCAUUAGUCAUUAUUAUUAUUAUUGUUGUUGAUGUUGGACUUUUAAGGAUAUUUAUUUCAGUUAAUAUUAUUCCCACACCUUUUGUAAAUUGCUUGGAUACAUCUGUUGGAAAUGACAUAAAAGUACCUGAAAUAAAGAAAUAAUAGUGGCUAUAA